AGUUAGCCUCUCCUCUUCGCGGUGCAGUCACUAUGGCGGGCCGGGGGAUCCCGGCUGAGCAGGAGCCGCUGUUAGGAGACCGCCCACCCGGAAGCAGAGAAUGGAAUAUUAUAGAGACUCAGGAGCAUUAUAAGAGCCGAUGGAGAUCUAUUAGGAUUCUGUAUCUUACUAUGUUUCUCAGCAGUGUAGGAUUUUCUAUUGUGGUAAUGUCAAUAUGGCCCUAUCUCCAAAAGAUUGAUAAGACAGCUGAUACAAGUUUUUUGGGAUGGGUUAUUGCUUCGUUUAGCCUUGGCCAAAUGGUAGCUUCACCUGUAUUUGGCUUCUGGUCUAAUUAUAGACCGAGAAAAGAACCUCUCAUUGUCUCCAUCUUCAUUUCGGUGGCAGCCAACUGCCUCUAUGCAUAUGUGCACGUCCCAGCUUCUCACAAUAAAUACUACAUGUUGGUUGCUCGUGGAUUGGUGGGAUUUGGAGCAGGGAAUGUGGCAGUUGUCAGGUCAUACAUUGCUGGCGCCACUACCCUCCAGGAGAGGACGAGCUCCAUGGCAGACACCAGUGCGUGCCAAGCGUUAGGGUUUAUUCUAGGCCCAGUUUUUCAGACCUGUUUUGCACUCAUUGGAGAAAAGGGCGUGACAUGGGAGACAAUACAGCUUCAGAUAAACAUGUAUACAGCACCCGUUCUCCUUGGCGCCUUCCUGGGAGUUUUAAAUAUUAUUCUGAUCCUUAUUAUAUUAAGAGAACAUCGUGUGGAUGACUCAGGACGACAGUGUAAAAGUGUUAAUUUUGAAGAAGCAAAUACAGAUGAAGUUCAGGUUCCCCAGGGAAGUAUCGAUCAAGUUGCUGUUGUGACUACCAAUGUUCUGUUUUUCGUGGUCCUAUUUAUCUUUGCCCUUUUUGAAACCAUCCUCACUCCGUUAACAAUGGAUAUGUAUGCCUGGACUCGAGAACAAGCUGUAUUAUAUGAUGGAAUAAUACUUGCUGCUCUUGGAGUUGAGGCCGUUAUUAUUUUUAUGGGAGUUAAAUUACUUUCCAAAAAGAUUGGCGAGCGUGCUAUUCUGCUGGGAGGACUCGUCAUUGUAUGGGCUGGCUUCUUUAUCUUGUUACCUUGGGGAAAUCAAUAUCCCAAGAUACAGUGGGAAGAUUUACAUAACAAUUCAAUCCCUAAUACCACAUUUGGGGAAAUUAUUACUACUCUUUGGAGGUCUCCAAGAGAAAAUCACAGCGAAGAACCAACUGGCUGCCCAGUUGGACAAGCCUGGUGCCUCUACACCCCUGUGGUCCACCUGGCCCAGUUCCUCACGUCAGCUGUGCUCAUUGGAAUCGGCUACCCAUCCUGCAAUGUUAUGUCCUAUACAAUAUAUUCAAAAAUUCUGGGACCGAAACCCCAGGGCGUGUACAUGGGCUGGUUAACAGCUUCUGGAAGUGCAGCGCGGAUUCUUGGACCCGUGUUCAUCAGCCAGGUGUAUACUUCCUGGGGCCCACGAUGGGCAUUCAGCCUUGUGUGUGGAACAGUGGUGCUCACCGUCACACUCCUGGGAGUGACUUACAGAAGACUGGUUGCUUUCUCUGUGAGGCAUGGAGGGAUUCAGGAGUCACCUGGCUAGCUGCCUCUGGGGUGCAGAGGACCUGCCGUGUGGGACUUCUUUACUAAUGCUCUGCCAGGCGAUUGCUGUGAGUCCGUUUCCAAAAGCCAGGCUUUGGGUGUUGUGUAUUUUGAAUAGCAAGAACAUAGAUUGAGUUAACACAGGGAAUUCUGUAACUGAAUAGUAAGAAAAUACAAAAAAUCAUU